AUGAGGGGAAUCAUCCUAGCUGUUCUGCUCACCUUAGCGGGUAUCGAGAAGUAUAAAAUUGAACCAUACUUUAGUGAGAGCAAGACGUAUGUGUACAAUUAUGAAGGAAUUAUUCUGACUGGAUUCCCAGAGAAUGGUUUGGCUAAGGCUGGUAUUAAACUGAACUGUAAAGCUGAAAUCAGAGGCUAUGCACAGAGGUCCUACAUUCUCAAGAUCCAAUCUCCAGAAAUAAAGGAGUACAACGGAAUAUGGCCAAAAGAUCCAUUCACUCGAUCCUCUAAGCUGACCCAGGUUCUGGCUGAACAACUAACAAAACCUGUGAGGUUUCAGUACUCCAAUGGCCGUGUGGGAGAGAUCUUUGCUCAUGCUGAUGUUUCAGAGACUGUGGUCAAUAUUCACAGGGGAAUCCUAAACAUGCUUCAAGUUACAAUCAAGAAAUCUCAAGAUGUGUAUGACCUGCAAGAGAAUGGUGUUACCGGAGUGUGUCACACAAAAUAUGUGAUCCAGGAAGAUAGAAGGCAAGAGAGAUAUAUUGUAACUAAAUCCACAGAUCUCAACAACUGUGAAGACAAAGUAGUAAAGAACAUCGGAAUGGUCUACUUGGAAACCUGCAAAGCAUGCCAACAGAAAUCAAAGCACUUACGAGGAUCAGCUACCUACACAUACAAACUAAAGGAGAAGGAACAGGGUGCACUCAUUGUAGAAGCUACAGCCCAGCAAGUCUAUAAGUUCUCUCCAUUUUAUGAACUUUAUGGAGCUGCGGUAAUGAAAGCAAGACAAGUACUAACAUGGGUGGAAACUAAAGCUAGCCGAAGCAGUGAUGCACAGCUGCAAUUGGAAAAUCGUGGUGGUCUUAACUACCAAUUUGGUGCCGAAGUCCAUCAGAUGCCAUUUCAGUUAUUGAAGACCAAGAACCCAGAAUCACAGAUUGUAGAAACACUUCAGAACUUGGUGCAGAAUAACCAACAACAAGUUCAAUCACAAGCUCCAGACAAAUACCUGCAACUGAUUCAGCUUCUGAGAGCAGCAAGUGCUGAAAGCCUUCAGACUAUUUGGAAGCAGUAUGCAGACAGACCUCAGUACAGGCACUGGUUGAUACAUGCUAUCCCACUGAUUGGAUCUACUGAUUCUCUGAAGUUCAUCAAGCAGAAUAUAGAUAACCAAAAUCUGAACAAACAGGAAGCUGCCUUGUGCAUCAGUAUGGCUAUGCUGCAUUCACGUGCAAGUCAACGUACAUUGCAAGAAGCUUCUGACUUGGUAAUGGAUUCUAAGAUACAGAACAGGCCUUUCCUCUACAAGACUGCAAUACUGGCCUAUGGUUCCAUGGUCUACAAAUAUUGUGCCACAACCUCAUCUUGCCCAGAAGCGGCUCUCCAACCUCUUCAUGAUUUAGCUGCUGAGGCUGCUAGCAAGGGCAGAGAAGAAGACAUCUCUCUUGCAUUAAAGGCAAUGGGAAAUGCGGGACAACCUCAAAGUAUCAAACGUAUUCAGAAAUUCCUGCCAGGAUUCUCCUCCGGUGCUUCCCAACUCCCUAUCAGAAUUCAGACUGACGCUGUGAUGGCUCUAAGAAACAUUGCCCAACAAGACCAACGAAAAGUUCAGGAAAUUCUGCUCCAGAUCUUUAUGGACCGUAACGUCCAUUCUGAGGUGCGCAUGGUAUCUUGUAUUGCUCUGUUCGAAACCAAACCAGGAGUCGCCAUAGUAACAACUGUAGCUCAAACAGUAAUGAAGGAAAGCAAAGUUAACUUGCAGCUUGCAAGUUUCACAUACUCUCAUAUGAAGGCAUUGACCAAGAGCAGACUGCCAGAGCUUCAUUCAUUGGCUGCAGCUUGCAGUAUUGCUUUAAAAAUGCUAAAUCCAGCUCUUGACAAGCUUGGCUUCCGUUACAGCAAAGCCCUUCAUAUAGAUACCUUUAAAUACAAUGUGAUGACUGGAGCUACUGCAAAUGUUUACAUUAUAAACAGCCCAAAAACAAUGUUCCCAACCUUUAUACUCAUUAAACUCCGAGGAAUUGCGGCUGGUGCUGAGACUGACCUUGUAGAGGUUGCUGUUCGGGCAGAAGGACUCCAGGAAACUUUAAGAAAACAGAAUAUUCCAUUUGCAGAUUAUCCCAUGCGCAAAAAGAUCAUGCGUGUAGUGAAAACUCUUACUGGCUGGAAAUCACUGCCUUCUGAUGAGCCCCUUAUCUCAGCUAACUUCAAGGUGCUUGGUCAAGAGAUGCAAUUCGCUCAAAUCAGCAAAGAAACCAUCCAAGAAAUAAUGCGGUCUCUUUAUGAACCAGCAGACAGGCAUUCCGCGAUUAGAAAUGUGUUGAAUAAGCUCCUUAAUGGUGUCGCUGGCCAAUGGGCUCAUCCACUUUUGGCUGCAGAAGUUCGACACAUUAUUCCCACUUGUGUUGGUCUCCCAAUGGAAUUCAGUGUACACACAGCUGCUGUGAUUAAUGCUGCUGCUAAUGUUAAUAUGAAAGUUUCACCAUCACCAACUAAAGACUUAAGUGUAGCUCAGCUGCUGGAAUCUAACAUACAACUUCAAGCUGACAUCGCUCCAAGUGUGUCAGUUCAUGCUGUGGCGACGAUGGGAGUGAACACUCACCUUAUACAGAGCGGUAUUGAAUUUCACGGUAAAGUACGGACAUUUACCCCAGCUAAAUUUACAGCAAAGAUAGACACAAAGGACAGAAAUGUCAAGAUUGAGUCUGCUCCAUGCCAACAAGAAGAGGAACUACUGCUGACAAGAUCUCAAGUGUUUGUUGUGUCAAGAAAUGUGGAAGAUCUGGAAGCAACAAAGAAAACCCCAAUCUUACCCAGAGGAGCCGUACAACACAUUCUUAAGAAACACUUUGAGACUACCGGAAGGAAUUCUGAAGAAGCGGCCAGCAUGAUGGAUGUGUCUUCAGAAAUGGUGAGCAAGAAAUGGGCCUACUCCGCAGAAGUAACAGAACACCAAUACUCAUCAUCUAGGAACACUGAUGACUAUCGCUACUGUGCUAAAGCCCCUAAAUUUGGCUUCCAAGUCUGUCUUGAAACCAAAUAUCAAAAUGCCGGAUUCCUCAGACAGACCCCACUAUAUCGAGCAGUUGGAGAACAGGAAAUCAGAGUCACAAUAAAACCAGCUCAAAGUGAUGCACCAAUUGAAAAACUUCAGCUGGAAAUCACAGCUGGAACUAAAGCAGCUUCCAAGAUCAUUGCCAUGGUAACUGAUGAGGAUAAACAAGGUGAACAGCUUGAAGAGUCUGAGGUUCAUCUGAGACUCAAAAAGAUUCUUGGAAUAGAAGAUAUUGAAUAUAGAGCCAGAAAUGAAAGUUUACGUCAAAAUAAAAAAGGCAACAAAAAGAGCAAAAACGCUAAAACCCCAGAGACAGACAUUGUUGAAGCCAGAAACAAAAAGCCACAAUCCUCAUCCUCUUCCAGUUCUUCCAGUUCAUCUAAAUCAUCUAGUUCUUCUAGUUCAUCUAAUUCACCUAGUUCUUCUAGUUCAUCUAGUUCACCUAGUUCUUCUAGUUCAUCUAGUUCUUCAUCAAACUCUUCUCCUUCAUCUUCAUCAAGUUCAUCUCAGCAAUCUAGGCGCCAAAGGCAACAUCAAGGACAAAAGAAUGAAAAAGAUAUUGUACCUUCAGACAAUUUUCGCCAGCAGUCACAGAGAGACAGACAAACGGCUAAAGGGCAUCAUCAGCAGAGUAGUAGCAGCAGCAGCAGCAGAAGCAGCAGUUCCGGCAGCAGCAGCAGCAGCAGCAGCAAAAGAAGCAGCAGUUCCAGCAGCAGCAGCAAAAGAAGCAGCAGUUCCAGCAGCAGCAGCAGCAGUAAAAAGAGUAGCAGCAGUAGCAGCAGCAGUUCCAGGGGUCAAAAUAGCAGAGCCCAAAAUAAGCAUCAUCAAAACCAUGGACAGCACACUCAGCGCAGUCAUGAACAGCAGAACCGUCAUAACAAACAUCUGAGAGAUUCUCACCUCCCUCAGGUUCAGCGUGAACUCUAUAAAUUACGAUUUAACCCAGUACGCAGACAAAGGACAUCAGGGCAGGCACAGUCCUCACAAUCCAGCUCAUCAAGCAGUAGCUCAUCAAGUAGUAGCUCAUCAAGCAGACAAAGUGGUGGAAGACAAUCACAUCGCGGAAGAUACCUGGGAGACAAAGCACCCCCCCAGGUUGUUAUCACUGCUCAGGCCCUAAGAAAUGACAACAAAAAACAAGGAUACCAAGUCAUUGUGUUUGCAGAGGAUCACUCCUCUGACAGGUUACAAGCCUAUGUGGUGGACAUCAGUAGAGAAAGCAGGUGGAAAAUCUGUGCUGAUGCAUACAUUAAAAGUCCUCAUGAAGCCCAGGCUGAAUUUAGAUGGGGCCAGCAGUGUCAGCAAUACAAGGUAGCCAUACAGGCACAGACCGGACGUUUAGGCAAUCAGCCAGCAUUCAGAUUGAAAGUGGAUUUACCUCGUGUUCCAUCUAAAGUGAAGAAAGUAGCAGAAUUUAUGGCUGAGUACGUUCCAGGAGCAGCAAUGAUGUUAGGAUUUUCUGAAAAAUUCCAGAGAAAUCCCUCAAAACAGAUGAAAUUAGUCCUUGCUCUUAGCUCCCCAAGAGCUAUGAAUGUUGUCCUUCAAGUACCAAAGAUGACCCUGGUUUAUCAAGCAUUACAACUUCCACUGGCUGUAACUGCAGGUUGGCACGUACAGCCUGCUGAUAUUCAGGUGCCUACAUGGAAUAUCUUUGCUGAUGCUCCACAGAUGCUGAUGAAUAGACUUCAAGGACAAUGUGUAAUAACCAGUAACAGUAUAACAACCUUCAAUGAAGUUAACUUUAACUACUCAAUGCCUGGAAACUGCUUCCAUAUAUUGGUUCAGGACGCCAGUUCUGAUAUGAAAUUUUUGGUGAUGAUUAGGAAUUCUCCACAAUCUACAGAGUAUAAAGAUAUCAAUGUCAAACUUGGCAGCUUUGAUGUGGAUAUGUAUUCCUUGUCUGGAGAACAGAAGCUUAAGGUUAAUGGAAUUGUGGUGCCAAAGCAGAGUUUGCCAUACCAGCCUUCCUCUUCUCCAUUAAUAACCAUACAGAAUGAAGGUGAAGGCUUUUCACUUUCAGCUCCAGACUUCGGAAUUGAUAAACUUUAUUACGAUGGAAAAUUAAGCAAGGUUAGAACCACCUUAUGGAUGAAGGGAAGAACCUGUGGAAUAUGUGGUCAUUCUGAUAGUGAGAACUUACAGGAGUUCCAGAUGCCAGAUGGUAAUGUUGCCAGAGAUGAAGCAAGCUUUCUGCAUUCUUGGAUUCCAGCCGAAGAAGCUUGUUCUGGAGCCUGUAAACUGCAGCGCACAAUGGUGAAACUUGAGAAAUCAGUUGAUAUUGAUGAAUAUGAAUCUAAAUGUUAUUCAGUCCAACCAGUUCUGCGAUGUAUAAAAGGAUGUUCACCAGUUAGUACGACUCCGGUAUCAGUUGGCUUCCACUGUCUGCCUGCAGAUGCUUCCACAGACUUUCUUGAAGGCCAAACAAAGAUAGACAAGCCUGAAGAUCUAUUUGAGACAGUAGAUGCUCAUACAGAAUGCUCCUGUGAAUCUCUUAAGUGUAACUAAUGAUCUGCGCCAUGAAUAAGAGCACACAAUGUUCAUAUAAAUUAACAAUGUCACCUAACUAAUGAAUGAGACUCACACCAGAAAUUGUAUAAUACAAUGUUGUAGAUAUGUUAAUUUCCAAUAAAUAUUUGCAUCCAUA